AUGGCCUUGGCAGUGGUGGACUGGAAGGGCUGGCAGAGCAGGGCACUGGAGUUUUUCCGGGCCCAUCCUGGCGCGGCAGCUGCCAAGCUCACGCGCUUCGAGCGCCUGGUCAUCAAAGGCGCCAAGGAAGCCUUUGCGGUGGUGCACUAUAAGGCGGCCAUUAAGGUCCGGGACCUUGGUGGCCAGCCGUGCACCCAUUGCCGGGAGUGGACUGGGUGCUACUGCGAGGGGUGCACGGGCACACCGACGGCAGUGUGCACUACGUGCGACCAGGGGAGGCUUCUCUGCCACGCCUGCCUGGAAGCAGGCCACCUCUACUCCGAUGUCGAGCGGGUCGGCCAGGAGGGAAUCAUCGAAGUCACUGGGUUUCACGAUGAGCGGGGCCAGUUCAUCCGCCUCGACGCCCCUGUGCAGAUCCCAGCAGGUGAAGUGCCGCGGAACCGAGACGGUACCUUCAACAUCGAGGAGCUCAUGGCCUUCAUCCAAUUCCUGGGCGAGCUCCCAGAGAGCGUCCGUGAGGCCAUCUUCGGGUUGGGCAUCCGCUCACCUGGGGACUUCCACCACUUUUGGCCGUCAGCCCAGAAAUGUUAUGAGGAGCUGGAAGCUCUUACGGGGGAGAAGAUGGAGGCUCAAGGGGCCAUGAAAGUGGCGGUGGCAUGGACCAAUGCCAGGCGAUGCAGUUUGCAAGCUACAGAGGCGUUGGGCCUGGAGAUUGCCAGAGAACGACAAUCGAGCGUGGGUGGCCCACCUCGAACUGUCACUAUGGCUGCCGCCCCUGCCCAGGUGCCUGAUGGCCCACCGUCCAACAAGGUCCGGAAGCUUACACCGUCUGGCCUUCAGGCGCCUUUGCAUGCACCGAUGGUGACGCAUGCUGCUACAGUGGACGCCUUCGCGAGGGAGGACGCCAUGAAGCAGGCGAAGUUGGACCAGCUUUUUGUCUUAGUAGUUGAAAACGUGGUGGACCUGGCUGAGCUGCAGAUGACUCCGGCCAAGCUGGCGGAUCCCAUGGCUCGUCAAGCCUUCAAGAACACCCUCAUGACAGGGGCCUCCAGGCUCUCUGGGCAGAGACUGGGGGCCCUCUCCUCGGCAUUGAAGAGAUGGCUGAAGUACUGUGCUGCCCAUGCCCAUGACGCGCUGCAGCCUGGCCCAUUGGUCAUUGCCGAUUUCUUGAGGGAGGUAUCCUCAGGUGGACCUACUGCGGCCUCCAGCAUGCAUGCUUCGCUGCCUUGGUUCGCCGACAACUUUGGAGCGGCCUUCAGCAUGGAGCACUGGGCGGUUCUGGUGGCCUUCAUCCUGAUGGUGGCGACGGGCUGCAUUCGUUUCGAACAUGUGCAGCGAUCCCACCUGGUGCGACUUCAUGGUGCUUGGGUGGAAUUUGAAUGCUCGCAGGGCAAAGCGAGAAAGCAAGGAGCUCGCCCUGGGUACCACUGGGGAGUCCCACAGGUGACUAUGAAUGGACAGCACAUGACAAAGGUGCUGCAGGAGUUCUUCACCCACGAGUUCAACCAGGGUCACAAGUUCCUCCUGCCAGCGCUUGCCCUCGAAGCCGAGGAUCUCUGGGAGAUCACAGAGGCGACGCCGUUCAUCACCAACAAGCCGAUGUCCCGGGCACGCUUUUUAGAGGUGAUGCGGGGUGCCCUGGUGCAAGUGGGUGUUGACUUUGCCCAAGCCCAAGCUGCGACGUUCAACAAGCUUAGGCGUUUCAUGCCGACAAUGGCGAAUGUGAUGGAACUGCCAGACUUGGACCUUCAGUCCAUUGGCAACUGGACUGAGCUCCCUGCAGGAGGUGGCCGGGACCCCUCUGCAAGGAAGCCCCGAGGGGUCUUGCCAAUGGGCGUCCACUAUGCUGGCUCCAAAGUGCUUCGGUCGCUCCAAGUCAAGCAGCGUUGUGUCGACCGCCUGCUGGCCUUGUACCAUCGCAAGCGACCCGAGCUUGCCAUGACAGAGCAGGGAUACCUGUGUCGAGAUGCCUGGCAAUGGGCGGAAGUAGCAGCGCUCCAUCAGAGCCUGCCUGAAGAGUUGACGCCGCUGGCCCAGACCGCUACCCUGGGCGCAAUUGAAGUCGACCCUGGUGGUCUGGAUGGCGUGGAGAAGCCUGAGCCGGAGCAGGCAGUUGAGUUGCCCCUGAAAGCCACCGCAUCUUCGAGCUCAGAGGCUUCGACCGAUGAGUCCAGCUCUGCUUCGGAUCAAUCUGCUGACGCCCAGGACUUGUGCGGCGUGCUGGCAGAUAGCAGCGCCCCAGAGGACCUUAGCUGGCUCCGGCAGGGCAAGAAAGUGCACCUCAUUCGAGAAGAAGUGGAAGGACGUGCAGUUUUCCGUGGUGCCGUGACUUUGCCUUCAGGCAGGACCCAGCUGAGCGUGGACGGGGCUUCACGUUGA